AUGCGCGGCGCCACGAUAUUGAAAUCAUCAGAUGAUAAGACCAGACAACUCAAUAAGCACACACUCCUCGCAUUCUCCGGUGAGGCGGGUGACACAGUUCAAUUCGCCGAGUUGAUUCAAGCAAACAUCGCACUGUACACGAUGAGGAAUGAGGCAGAGCUGGGACCAGGCGCAGUCGCUAGCUACGUUCGAGGCGAACUGGCCAAAAGUCUGCGGAGCAGGAAGCCAUACAGUGUGAAUCUGCUGCUGGGCGGCAUGGAUCCGAUCACCAAGCGGCCAAGCUUGUACUGGUUGGAUUAUCUCGCCAGCAGUGCGAAGGUGCCGUAUGCUGCUCAUGGAUAUGCCCAAUAUUAUUGCCUCUCGAUCCUGGACAAGCACCACCAUCCAGACAUUUCAUUCGAGCAGGGGAUGAAGAUCCUACGCAUGUGUACGGAUGAGCUGCAGCGAAGACUACCUAUCGAUUUCAAGGGGAUGACAGUCAAAGUGGUCAAAAAGGACGGAAUCGUGGACAUGGAGUACGACACCAGCAAGCAAGUCUUGGCUGCCUAA